CGCGCGGCCUGAUGGCGCUGGAGCUGCAGCUGAGCGAGGCCUGGGUGCGGGCGCAGCCGGCCCUGCGAGGCCUCCAGCCAGGUGGAUUCACUCUCCCUGCAGGGAACUUACGCAGGCAAAAUAGUCUCCCUGGGAGAUGGUCUGAAAUCUUUUAAAAAUCUCCAAUCUUUAGAUUUAUCAAAGAACCUGCUUGUUAGUUUGGAGGGUCUUGAAUCUUUACAGUCAUUAGAGCGUCUGAAUUUGUAUUAUAACCACAUUUCAUCCCUGUUGGAGGUUGCCCGCCUCCGGGCUUUGACACGCCUAAAAGAGCUGGACCUUCGCCUCAACCCAGUAACCAGGAAGGAGUCUGAUUACAGGCUGUUCACAGUGUGCAAAUUACAAGCUCUGGAAAAACUAGAUGACAGGGCUGUCAGGGAGAAUGAAAGAAAAGCUGCCCACCUGCAUCUCAGCCCCAAGUACAAAGAGAAUUUGUCGCACAAAGAGAAGUCAAGAGAGCAUACAAUGAAGAGACAAAUGCUAGAUCAAGAGACCUUUGCAGCGUCCAGUUUGGAUACAGAAAACAUUAGAACACUUACUGAAUCAGGCCUCAGCCAGUUUUCUCACCACCCUGUGCCAUACCAUGAUGGGAAGGACUCUCUAAGAGUUUCAUCUGCUUCCGUGCUGCAGGCCAGCAAGUCAGCUAAAGAACUCAAGCCACAUAGCCUCCAAACUCAGGGAGAUGAUGCAAAGGGAAGACAUUUCCUGAGUCAUAGUCCCUUGAACCGUGAGCACAAGCCCCUCUCUUCAUCCCCACAAGCUCAAACUUCCUUGUGCCCCCAAGUAAGAAGCAGAGCUGGAUUUGCUAAAGGAAGGUUUCGCGUUUCCUUUUCUGAAGGCUCCCCUUUAGAUUUUUCUCAUGGAGAAAAAGAAACGGGACGGAAAUUGGACAUACUUGAUCUCGGCCGGGAUGUUUCCCCAACCAGAAGACUGAAUCCCAGUGAUCCAGGGAGGACUAACCCCCAAGGAGUAGCCAGAGAUAUCAGGCUGGCAUCCUCCUCUGCUGCCCACAGGGAGCUGCUUAAAAGACUUGCAGAUGACAGGAAAGCAGCAGACGAUGUCUUUAAUUAUAACUCCAAGCUUGCUAAGGAAGCCAUGGCCACUACCCGGUCCUCAUGCAGGGAUUUCCUGGGACAAUACGUGGACAUGGACUCGGGUCAUGACGAGACUUCUUUGAAGCACAGUUCAGAUGCAAAGCGGAACAGCCACUCGCUUCCAUUAAGCAGCCCCACUUCUGCAGGCUUUGGGGAUUUCCAGUCAAAGUGCAGACCUUUAUCAGAUGAGAUACUGCUUGAGGAUUCACAGCCAGUUUCAGCACCGAUGUCUGUGGCUAGGAAAGGGCACGAAUCGCCAACCAGCCGGUCGCUCAGCCCUUUGAGAGUGGAGUUGAAACACAGCAAGAGCCCUGUGCAUUGCUUUAAAGAGGCAAAUAUGGAGCGUCAGUGCAGUGAGCAGAAGAGAGGCCAUGUGGGGACAGAAGGUCCCCUGGGUGCGGAGAGAAGUUCUCCUGUCGUUGUUGUCCUGCAGCAACUUCUGGAACUUGUGGAUCGCUACUGGAGUGGCGCCGGCUCCCUUCUCCUCAAUAAGGAUUUCCUUGGUAGGCUGCUGGCCUAG